AUGGCGUUGAGAGAAAAUGGCGGCCAGUCGAUCAAACGGACAACAAAACUUCUAGCGAAGGUUGUGUUAAUUCACUCAGAGGACCUAGUAACCCUCUGUGAUAAACUUCCAAAGGUACCUAAUCGGGCAUCAUUAACUCAUACUUUGAUUAAAGCCUAUGGACUUUUGGAAAACACAAGAGUUGUUAAACCUCGGCAAGCCUCAGCACAUGAGCUUUCAGCAUUUCACUCUUUGGACUAUGUUAAGUGCUUAGAAAAGCUUUCAAGUAACUGCAAUGAUGAGGAAAUGGAAGAAACAGCUGGGGAAUAUGGCUUAGGGUUUGACUGUCCCCUCUUUGAAGAUUUGUUGGAUUGCAUGUCCGUUAUUGCUGGCGGUACACUCACUGCUGCAGAGAUGUUAAUCAAACAGGAAUGCUCCAUAGCAAUCAAUUGGCAAGGAGGCUGGCAUCAUGCCCAAAGGAAUGAAGCAUCUGGAUUCUGCUACAUCAAUGAUGUUGUCUUAGGAAUUUUAAAGUUGAGAGAGAAGUUUGACAGGAUUCUCUAUGUUGACAUUGAUCUUCACCAUGGGGAUGGGGUUGAGGAUGCUUUUUCUUUUACCUCAAAAGUGAUGUCAGUGUCAUUUCAUAAAUUUUCUCCAGGAUUUUUCCCAGGUACAGGUGCAAGUCAAGAUGUGGGUUUAGGCAAAGGAAAGUAUUACACUGUAAAUGUACCCCUGAAGGAUGGAAUUACUGACAAGCCUUUCAUAGAAAUAUUUUCAAGGGUCAUGUCAGAAGUUAAGAAGAGAUUCAAGGCAAGCGCAGUUGUUUGUCAGUGUGGAGUUGAUACACUAGCUGGUGAUCCUAUGGCCUCUUUUAACCUCACUCAAUAUAGCAUUGGAGAAUGCAUCAAAUACUUGAUGGAAUGGAACUUGCCUUUGUUAUUACUGGGAGGAGGUGGGUACAAUGUCAAGAAUUCUGCAAAGUGCUGGACAUAUCUGACUGGCGUGGCUCUCAAUCAACAGUUGUCACUUGAUAUCCCAGAACAUGAGUAUUUCCUGGCCUAUGGACCAGACUACCAACUCCAUAUUCCUGCAGGAAGGAGGAAAGAUAUGAACACCCCAGAAGAUAUCACAAAUCUUCUUAACACUGUAACAGGAAAUCUGCAGAAGAUUAGAUGACGCAUUAAGCAUUUAGAGAGCAUCUUGUGUUUUUUUGUCAUUGGACAAAUUUUAUCAAAUUUUUGAAUAGCAUUCAUUUUGAGAGGAUAUAUUUUAUUACAAUGCUUACCCAGAAUUGAGAAAAUUUGGAAAAAUAGUUUUCACUGCUGAUUGA